AUGAUGUGGUGGACAACUAGUGGAUACGAGCCGCUGCCAAUGGCUACGCCGAACAUUCGCCCCAGUUUGCGCACCUAUCGACGCCAUGUGUACAUCGCCGGCGGGCUGCUGCUGGUCUUCGUCGGCCUGUUGAUCAUCUACUACCAUAUGGGGACGGCAGACACGGAUGUGGUUCAACUUCCCGGAUAUCAAUCGGUGCCGGAGAACGACAAGUUGAGAUGGAACUACUACCGUCCAAAUAUUGCUUAUCGCGACCUGGUCCCGGAUAGGAGAUCGGAAGCCGGAAAGACAAAAGAAGAAGCUCCUUCUGAGAAGAUGAUCAUCCUAGAAGGCCUUUACACCCCGGAAGACUGGUCGGCAAACCCCGGGUUGUACACGGUAGCCGUGGAGCAAAAGAAGAACCACACCGCUGAGGAAAUGAUGAAGAUUCUAGAUUGCUCCAGAAUGCUGGAAUGUCUAAAUUUGACGAACCUGCGCAAUCUCACCGAUCCGCCGAGUAUGAUCCCCGACGACGUCUACUGGCUCUCCGUGAUGCGCGACCUGCACUUCGAGUAUCGCGCAAUUCCGUUUCUCGUCUCGGGCACAUUACUGGGCUGGCGUCGUGAAUGUUCCGUGAUCCCGCACACGACCGACAUGGACAUGGCUACGUUCGAGGAUGAAUUCCCAAUGGCGCUUGUCAACGACUCGAUCAAUAUCCACGGGAAACCAUUGAAGCUCUCCCGUAUCCUUGGCCGGCCAGGCGACAGCUACGAGGCGACGUUCAGCCUGGACACCGAGCGCGGCACCACCGUGAACAUUGACCUGUUCACGAUGUAUCGCGACCCGAGCAUGCGCCGCUACUACAUCACCAUGGUCUACAAGGUCUACAAGCCCGCCUUCUACGUGUUCAAGCAGCUGUCACAUCUGCAAAAGUUUCAAUCGACUUAUCCGUGGUUCGGCGCUGAUCUGUGCACGGCCGAUCUGCACGGUCACCUCUUCCAUGUCCCCUGCAAUCCAGAAUUGAUUUUGGAGGCUGAUUACGGCAAGAAUUGGCGCGUCGACCAGAGCAACAAGGAUUACACCUGGGGCAGCAACACCAUCAAAAGUGGACAAAUUCCGGCCGCCGAAGCCCGCGCCUUCCACCGCUCUUUC